CUUCGAUUGCGUCGAUUUUAUUAUCGUUGGUGAUAUUUGUCUGUUUGCCAGCAGAAAAUUUGUUCUAAUAUUUAAACAAAAUUUAUUGUGACUAUCUUUGCAAAAAUGAGUGAUCCAUUGCAAAAACCAACACGAACGAGUGUCGUCCAAUCAGAGUUAUCUGACCUCAAAUUUGUGAAGCUGCAUAGUCCAAAAAUGAAGAGUGUUUAUUGGCAGCAUUUCGGCUUUCCCACCAAUGAGUACGAUCGGAUUAUCACAAAACAAAAUGUUGUAUGCACACUUUGCCACAAAGUUUUAACUAAUCAUGGAAAUACCACAAAUUUGCGCGCUCAUUUGCAGCACCGCCACAAGGAUAUAUUUCAGAAAAUUUGCAUCGAAAAUGGGAUAAGGGUGCCACCUCGACGCCCUAUUCCGAAGAGCACCAAUAGCGGAACUGGUCCUGGUCGAUUGAGUACAAAGCGCGAUCCCCUUCGUCAUAAGGUUAAAGUGGAAGCUAGAGACUCGUAUAACGACAUCUCCAACCAAGGUAUUUUGCCAGGAGAAGAACCAUCAACUCUCUAUGAGUCAAUGGUUCCAAUGACGUACGACGACGACGACGUAAUAGAUAAUGAUCACUUUGUGAAAGUGGAAGUAUCUGGCAACGCAAAUGCCGGAGCAAAAUAUAGGAAUACACAUGAGCAUAGCACAAUUGAAGUAAUUACAAUGGAUUCGAAAUAUAACACAAACUCCAACUAUCGCUCGGAUAUGGGAGAAAUAGUAAAUCAAUACCAGUUGCAAGAUGCUCUGGUAAAUAUGGUCAUAAAUGAUGUCCGGAAUGUGGAUACACUUUAUGAUCAGGGUAUGUCGACAUUUAUACGCACCCUUUGCGGCAAUGUAGCAUUUCCAUCAGAUAAAAAGAUUGAGGCACUUAUUCGCGAAUUACAUAGCGAUAAACUGACCACACUGGCAAGCCAAAUAAAAAUGCGCUCACAAGUUAAACCCUUUUCCUUGGGCUUUGAAAUUUGGAAGAACGUUGAAAAUAAGCAUUUUUUGUCCAUUUAUUUCAACUAUACUACGGACGCACCAGAAUACAAUCUUUUAAAUCAGUUGUACUGCACUGUUGAAUACAACAAGUUCACGUCCAUCGACGAAAUAUUUGAGGAAUUCAAUUUGGAAAAUUGCGCAGCAGCUAUUGUUAGCUAUGAAUAUGAUGACUAUCUAAAGCACUUUUUAAAGUCCAAAA